CAGCGAUUGUCAGAUACAGAGGAGGGCACACCGGGCCAGUUAAUCUAUUAAUUCGUCAUCAAUUUAAUUGCUCAUCUUCGCCGUACCCCCAUUUAGCCAUUAUGGGUUUCGGAGCUCCCGGUGGCGGUGCCGUCCCCGUGAAGCCUACGCCUCCCGAGCGUGGAAGCUUUCCCCUCGAUCAUGAUGGCGAAUGCAAGCAUCUUAUUACCGACUACCUCAAGUGUCUGAAAUCGAGACGAGGUGUGAACGACGACGAGUGCCGGAAACUGGCCAAGUCUUAUCUGUCUUGUCGGAUGGACCACAAUCUAAUGGCGCCGGAUGACUUCAAGAACCUCGGUCUGAUUUUUGAGAAGGAUAAGGCUACACCGAGUGGGGGUGCUGAGGGUGCGGAGAAGAAGGAAUAAUUCCCUCCUGCCUGCCUUAUAUGCAAGAUAGCUUGGGGAGCUGUAUGAUAUUGUGGGAUGGCAUGGCUAGUGUAUAAACAGGGUGCCUUGUGCUAUGAUUGAUGAUGGAUGGAUAGAUACUUCUCCAUUUCCGGCGUUGGGAUUGCGGUUUUGUAUAUAACAUGUGUAUCAUACCUAACUUUGAUGUGCACUCACUUGGAGUAAUCCAAAACAAGUAUUGGGGGAAAAAAACUAGUAUAUGUACAAC